AUGGCCAAGAUCAUUACAAUCCUCGGGGCAACUGGCGCUCAAGGCCAGGGCGUCGUCGCCUCCUUUAUCAAUGACCCCUCCUACAAAGUCCGGACCAUUACUCGCAAUCCCUCUGGUGCCCCAGCCCAAGCCCUGGCCGCCAAAGGCGCCGAGGUCGUCCAAGGAGACUUCAACGACCUCGCAAGCCUCAAGACCGCCUUCGCCGGCUCACACAUUAUCUUUGCGGUCACCAACUUCUUCGAGCCCUUCGCGAAGCUCUUCGACGGGCCCAAGACUGCCGAGAUCGAAAAGCAGCAGGGAAUCAACAUUGCACAGGCGGCCGCGGUCACUGAUUCCCUUGAGCACUUCAUCUGGAGCACGCUGCCCAACAGCCACGCCGUGAGUGGCGGCAAGUUCAGCGUGCCCCAUUUCGACGGCAAGGCCUCGGUCGACGAUUACAUUCGGGAGAAGGAGCCCGCGCUGCUGGCCAAGACGACGUUCCUCUGGGUGACGUGGUACCACACGAAUUAUUCAUUCCCUGUGUACACGCCUUUCAAGGUGCCGACUGCGUUUGCCGACGUGCAUGUGCAGCUGGGUAGCUGGUCGCCUGAGACGCCUAUUUCGACAAUUGGGGAUGUGAGGCUGAAUCUGGGCAAGUUUGUGCGUGCUGCGGUCGAGCAGCCGGAGAAGGCAGCCAACGGCGCAUAUGUGCUGGCUGCUGUAGAGACGAUUAGCGUGGAAGGUCUGCUGAAGCUAUGGGGGGAGACGCAUGGCAAGAAGACAAAGUAUGUAAAGAUUGAUCCUGAGGCGUUUCGGGAGUUGUGGCCUGUUUUGGCGGAGGAGCUAGGCGUGAUGAUGGACUAUUGGGAUGCUACCAGGGAGAAGAGCUGGAGUGAUGUCUCUGGGGGAAAGGUUCUGACCAAGGAAGACUUGGGAAUCCAGGGUUUGCAGACCCUGGAGGAGGGCCUGAAGGACUUGGCUGCCAAGACUGCUACUGCUCAGUAG